UUUUAUUUCGUCUGACUUUGAUAUCUCCUCAAAUCACCCGAAAUGUUGACAUGAGUAAGCUGCAUAGACCGUAAUUCGACAUGGAAAGGUCAUGAAAAAAAGCCAAGAAAAAGGACCAUUUGUGACGGCUUUUUCAUUCGACUUCGACUACAUUAAAAAUACACUAUCUGAUUGAUGAAAUGAUGAACUUUCGAUUCAAUAUAGACACUUUAUGACUUGAAAAGUUCAAGUACUUUUAAAGUGAGUUUCCCGAAAAAGUUGGCUAGUUUCGAAUAUUGAAAAAAACGUACUGUGCCCAAUGAAGUAAUUUCAAGCCUCAGAUUACUGGCGGUCUUAUCCUGUACAUUUUCUACUACGAGCAUACACACUUCGACACACUGUUGCACGGCCUGGGCCAAGGUUAUUCAGUCUUUACUAUACUUACAAUAUACGUUCGUGCGUAUAAGAGGAUAUAAGUCAGCUAGAUGCGUGGUAAAUGUGCUGCCUAGGAAAGAUAUGUUCUAGCAACGUCUGAAAUAUCCUUACCUAACAAUACCACAUAAUGUCUGAUUCGAAUUCUCCAAAAACCGACGACGACGGCAAGGGUCCUUUGAAUAUCCUGCGCAAGUUUCGUUUCCAAAAAAAGCCUGUUAAAAAAAUGUCCAUCACAUCUGAUGAAGACAGUAACAUGAGUCCUGCAAAUGUAAGGCGUAAACCAGUACAAAGAAUUGUUGACAGUGACAGUGACGAAGAAAAUAAAAGUCUUAAAGUAUCAACAGUUGAUAGCAAUGAUGAUGAAAAAUCAAAAAAACCACCCACUACUGAAGUUAACUCUGAGAUUACCAGUGCAGAAAAAGAAAAAAUGCUCAGAGCAUUAGGAGAGUCAUUCCCAAAUACCAAUGUUAUGGUUCUUGUAAAGACCUUAUCUUCAUCAAAUUGGAAUUUAGAAACUGCGAAAGAGAUGAUGAAAGAUGUUCCACAAAAUGCAGCCCCAAAUACAAUACAUAAUACAACGCAUAAUACAACGCAUAAUACAACGCAUAAUGCAAUACAUAACACAACACAAAACACAGCACAAAAUACAACCCAAAAUACAACCCAAAAUACAACCCAAACUGCCGUUUUAAAACAUCAACCAACAGUAAAAAAAAGACCAGCAGAGAAACAUAAAAAUAAUCAGAAAAAAAAACGUAAAAGAUAUAAUCAUGAUGAUGAGGAUAGAGAUGUUGAUUCCGAUGAAGGCAAUGAUUAUGGCAAAGAAAAAGUUUUUGAUAGUGAAAAUGAUGAUUCAGAUAAUGAAGUAACAGAUGAUUUAACUAAUGAUAAACAAGCAGUAUUAAAUUUUAUGCAAACAGCUUUGCCUACUGAAUUGUUAUUAAUGCAUCAGUGUUCACAAAAAAAAGUGAAUGCAAUUCUAGCAGCUAGACCAUUUAGUGGCUGGAAAGAUUUAGUAGAAAAAUUUCAAAACACAAAAUUUUUAGAUACUGAACUCCUGAAUGCAGCACAGGAUUUAAUACAAACAAGAAAUACUAUAAGCAUCCUCAUGAAAAAAUGUCUUAAAGUUUCAUCAAAUAUAGAGAAAGCAAUAGCUGAUGGGUCAGCAACUAUAAAAGAACAACCUCAAGGUCUUACAUCAGAAUUGAGGCUUGCACCUUAUCAAAUAAUUGGUUUAAAUUGGUUAGCAGUAAUGCAUGCCCAAAAAGUUAAUGGUAUUUUAGCUGAUGAAAUGGGUUUAGGAAAGACAGUGCAGGUCAUUGCUUUUCUCACCUACUUAAAAGAAGCUGGGUUCAUUCAAGAGACCGAUGGUCCACAUUUAAUUGUUGUGCCUAGUUCUACAAUGGAAAAUUGGAGUAAUGAAUUUGAACGAUGGUCACCUAAUCUGAAAGUUGUUCAGUAUUAUGGUUCACAAGAUGAACGCAGACAAAUGAGAUAUGGCUGGAGAAAUGGAGACUUGGAUGAUGUAGAUGUUGUACUGACAACUUACAAUCUUGUUAGCAGUACACCAGAAGAGAGACGUUUGUUUAGAGUUUUGCCAAUAAAAUAUGUAAUUUUUGAUGAGGCACAUAUGUUAAAAAAUAUGGGCACUCUAAGAUUUGAAAAUUUAAUAAGAAUUAAUGCUCAACAUAGAAUAUUAUUGACUGGUACCCCACUGCAAAAUAAUCUUUUAGAGUUGAUGUCUUUGCUCAUUUUUGUAAUGCCAUCAAUUUUUGCUAAAAAACAGGAAGAAUUGAAAAGCUUAUUUUCAAAGAACCCAAAAAUCAAUGCUAAUAAAUCAGCAGACGAUAAGCCACUUUUUGAAGAACAACAAGUUAAAAAUGCUAAACAAAUUAUGAAACCAUUUGUAUUGCGUCGUUUGAAGUCUGAGGUUUUAAAUGACAUGCCAACAAAGAGUGAUGAAGUUAUCAAGUGUCCUAUGAUCGAAAAGCAAAUAGAGAUGUAUAAAAAUUUAGUAGAACAAUUUUCAGCUGAAGCUCGAGAAACAUCUGAGGUUGAUGGUGUUGGAAUGAUGAUGCAGCUGCGAAAACUCGCAAAUCAUCCUCUUCUUAUUAGAAAUUAUUAUACUGAAGAUAAAUUGCGAAAAAUGUCCAAAAGAUUAAUCGGCGAGAGUGGAUGGAAACAAAAAAAUGCUCAGUAUGCAUUUGAAGAUCUUUUAUGGUUGUCAGAUUAUAAAAUUCAUCAAUUAACUCGUACCUAUAAAAGUAUAGCUGGUUUUGGUCUUCCACAAGAUAUGAUUCCUGAAUCUGGAAAGUUGAAACAAUUAGAUGAACUUUUACCAGAACUAAAAAGUGGAGAACACAGAGUAUUAAUAUUUAGUCAGUUCACAAUGGUUUUAGAUAUUUUAGAAGAAUAUUUAACUCUUAGAAGCCAUACGUACCUUCGACUUGAUGGACAGACACCAGUUAUGGAAAGACAAGAUCUGAUUAAUGAAUUUACUGACAAUAAAGAAAUAUUCAUUUUUCUUUUAUCUACUAGAGCUGGAGGUCUUGGAAUAAAUUUAACAUCUGCUGACACAGUUAUUAUUCAUGAUAUUGACUUUAAUCCACACAAUGAUAAACAAGCAGAAGAUAGAUGUCACCGUGUUGGACAAAAAAAGUCAGUACGAAUAAUUCGAUUAUUAGGUAAAGAUACCAUAGAAGAAGGAAUGUACAAAAUGGCCCAAGAAAAACUCAAUCUUGAACAAAAACUAACUGGAAAUGAAGGAAACGAAGCAGUUGAAAAAGGAAGCACAAUAAAAUUGUUAAAAAUGGUUUUAGGAAUCGACUUAAAAAAAACUAUAAAUAUAUCACCCAAAAAAAAUGGUAAUAUAGAUGAUUUUGAAGUUGAUGAAUAAUACCAGUUGGUUUUUGAAAAAAGUGUUUAGGUCAAUUUUUACCUCAAAUUUUGGUACAUGUUUGCAAUAUAUUUUUAAAAUUUGUACAUGCAUACUAAAAAUCAUAUAAAUUAUCGUGAAAUCGUCUUAUUGAAAAUAAUUGUACAAACUGAUAGUUGAUUGAAUGCUGUCACUUGUAUAUCACUGAAAUACCAACGUUUUUUGUUUGAAUUGUAUGAUUAGGUGAUUUUUGUUACAUUAUGUACCAAUUUUAACUUAUUUGGAUCUUUCAGUUUUAUUUUUUAUGACAUUGGACUUAAAUCAUCAAUUUUGAAAGAAAUAUUUUUUCUAUAUUUUAUACAAGUGAUCUUGCUUAUAGAGCAUGUUUUUUGUAAAUUUCGAAUAAAUCACGUUUUUGUAAUUUUGUA